AUGAAGUAAAAUUUGAGUCAAUAUUUUGACCUUAGAUCUGCUAGACUGAGUAGUGAUAUAGGAAACCAUAAGCUAUCAUUCAAUGAGAAUAGAGGAUAGCUAUUGACUGCUGUUAGUGAGAAAAUUUUAAUUGGCCACACUUAGUAGACUUCACCAGAAUAGAAUGAUAGGAGAAGUCUUUAUCUAGAUGCGUUAGGAACUACAGAUUAAAAGGAAUUGAGCGGAAGCAAACAAUUCACACUUACUAGAUUAUCGAAUAAUAAUACAGAUUAACAGCCUAUCAAUUAAUUUCUAACAAGUGACGGGGAGAGUGAGAGGAAUCUAAACUAUGAAAACAUGAUUCAGUCAACUGAGGGAAGAGGGUAUCCUUAUGUUAAGGACAGUAAUGGAAACGGCAUUAUGUUUACUAAUCAAACAUCAUCUAGCAUGAAGAAUGUUCCAAUGAGUUAUUCAAGUACAAAUUCAAGAGGCUACCUUGAUAAUAGAUUCAAAAGAUUGCAUGAAAUUGGAUCGCCCAUAUAGGAGCAAUCAACUGUUUAAAGAGAUUUUAGACAUCCUAGAUUCUCAGAAUUCAGCGGUGGAAAUAUGUAAAGUAGCAAUAAAAAGUCAGUCAAAUUUCUUGAUGAGCAGUAAACUGAGAGUAAGUACACUAAUAACUACUAGCACAGCCUUUCAAAUGGCUUUUAAAAUGGAAAUCACCAUUUUAACCAUCAAAAUGAUACAUCAAAUAUCAUGUCUAUCAGCGAUAAUAAUUUGCAAUUUUCGAACUAUAAAGAAAAUCAAAUGGAUGGUGAUACUUCCUAGAUUAUUCAGGCAUAAAUUGACGUUAGAAUGAAUGAAAUAAACUCAAAGUAUUUCUCUAAUGAGAGCUCUGCCAAUAGGAUAAUCAGUUCUAGAGGUGAUUAAGAAAGAGUUAUAAAACCCAUCAUAAAGAGUAUUGACACUACUAUGAAAAGCCAUAAUAGAAUAGAAUCAUUGACACCUUUAUCAGAUACUAAGAGAGAUCCCAUCUAUAAUGAGGAUGAUGAUGAAGAUAAAAACUCCUUAGUUGCUAUGGAAGAGGCCAUUGAGAAUGAGAAGUCAAGAGUUCAUAAUAAGAUUGAUUAACAAUUUUUCAGUAAUAGAAGUGGUGAGCCAUCCAUUGUGAUUAAGAAUAGACUUGACAAACCCUCUGUUUUUACAUCUACUAAUUCAUUUGAAAGACUUAGAGAUGAAAUUUUAAAUAACUAAUCCUAUUCUAAGCCAGCUCUAGAUUCUGAGUUUGGAACUUAAAACAGAUCUCUUUAAAUGGUACUAGCUGAUAACUUUAACAAGGGAGAAAGAUCGCUUGAAUUUCCUAGGAAUUUCAAUAAUGGUUAGACUCAGUAGGAAUGGACUCUUAAUAACUAAACUCAAUUGUAUUAAGAUACUUUGAGGAGUGAAAAAGAGACGAUGGAAUCCAUUAAAAAUUAUAUUCCCUUAAGAAAAAGCAGAGAAAGAAAUUUAGAAGAAUCCAAGGUUGAGGAUAGAGCUAACUCUAAAAAUAUGGCAUAGAGAGACUAAGAUAAUGACUAGUCCAACAACUUUCGAGAUAACUUGUUGAACUAGAAUAAGGAAUUUGAGAAUAAGUUACAAAGUUUAAAGAGCAAGAUUAGUAGCAUCCAUCGAUAAAACUCACAGUAGAACAUCUUAUCAGCAGAAAUAAGCAGACAGGAGAUGUCUUAAAACUUGAACACAAUAAUUUCAACUCCCACAGUGAGAGAUUUAAAUUCAAAUCAACAAAGGUCUCUAGAAAUUUAAUACUAAUAGCAAAAUCAAACCAAUCUUGGAAAUUAAAAUUAAUAGUAUAGUGGGGAUAUUCUAAUUUUAAACCAACAGGAUUUUCAGACUAAUAAUAGUUCAAGAGGUGGUUCAUCUUUCAGAAAUUCUUCAAAAAGUAGAGAAGAUGGAACUAAUGCAAUAAAUAUGAAUACAAAAGAUCUCUGA